CUUGUUUUGGGUGAAACAACAUGGCGACUUCUAUACUUCCGGUGGCUUCAGGCCUCCAAUGCGCAGCACAGCACGUAUGUACUUUAGCUUGGACUAAUUUGGAGUUUAGUGUUUGAUGUAGAAUUUGUAUUUUAUUUUUUUGUAUUGUUUGUGUUUGCUGUUCCUGUUAGUUUGCUGUGUUUUGUCUUGUUUGCUUCUGUACCCCCCCAAAUUAGAGACAAACACUGUUUAGAGUGAUUUUUUUUUACAAGAUUUGUGUAAUAAAAUAACAUUCUUUUUAAAAACUUGUCUUCAGUAAAAUAAAAGUGUGAUAUUUUUGUCAUCUAUUCCACCUGGUCUUUUGUAUUAAUUUGCCAGACUUUCCUCUGUUAAUAUGUAAUAAGACAUCCUCUGUUGGACCUACAGACCAGUGGUCCUUACACCCUGCCCUCACUGUCAAAUUGGGUUCAGGUCUGGUCCACUUCACAUACCACCACCCCGUGACCCCUGUUAGAUAUGUAACAAACUCGUCCAUUUGCCCUGUACCGUAUCAUUACGUGGAAUCGGGUGCCCAAACAAAUCACUUCAAGCCUUUCUGACUCACUGCGCAUUUUUUAUUGAGAGCGACUGCUAAAUAACCCGCCAUGGAGAGAAAGUUGCGACUGCCAGGGAUUUAAUAAAGAAGGUGAGAAACAUGAUUGAAUUCAAGAAAGAACUCAUCGCAAAGUCCCUUUCGCUUCAGUCCUCUUUGUUCAGUCCUCUCUGCUCCUCGCCAUCUUUGCCAACAAGAGUCUUCAACAAAGGUAAAAAUGAUGGUCCCGUUAUCCAUUUAAGUCAUUUAUAAUAUUUUGCAUUGUUUUCUGCAUGUAAAGCUAUAAUUAUUCUCUAUAAAAUGUGUUUUUUGGGUGUCUGGAACAGAUUAAUUGGAUUUACAUGAUUUCCUGUGGGGAAACCCAGUCCGGGGUGUACCCCGCCUCUUGCCUUAAAACACUGGGAUAGGCUCCAGCAUACCUGAAACCUUAAUGAGGAGAAGCGAUACAGACAAUGGGAUGUUAAAAAGCCAAAACCAUAUUUAUGAUUGACUUGUGGGGGGAAAAAAGUAAAAAAAAAAAGACAUAACAUAAAUUUGAUGAACAUGCAUUACCUUAGAAUGAGACUUUUGAACAAUAUUGUCUUUAAUUGCUAUUUAACUGGAAGAGGUUGAGGGAAAAAACAGCAUUUAAUUUCCCAGCUGACAAGGGAGGAGGAUGUCAGUGGGUGUGGAGGAGAUGAAGAGCUGGGUGUACUGCGCUCAAGAAUAAAAAUGUGUAGUGUGUUUGCGCAAAUUGUGUUGUAAAUGUUAUGACUGAUUUAAGUCGCCCUUUUUGCCUUUCUAAAAAUAAUUGCUUGUUUGUAUAUGUUUGGAUAUUACUGGAUAUUUUAAUUGAUAUACUAUAUUUUAAUUUAGUUCUAUUUUAUUUACAUUAAACCCCACUUUCCCUAGUUUUAUAAAUGAUACACUGUAUUUAAGUUAAACUGUAUUCACUAUGCUCAUUGACAUUUCUAUUUUACUAUUGUUAAGAAAUAAAGGUUUAUACCCAAGUUGGUUAAAUACUUAACUGAACCCAAAGUAAUUUCUGGUAUCCAGGAGCAAAAACAACACUAAAUCAUCUGGAGCAAUACAUGAAUUUUAAAUCUUUCAGCCGCCGUAAUUUAAAGUUUUGAAAGGAGACUUGUGCACUUUUAACCGGAAAACACCGCCCCUAGCGCUCCAGCGUAGAACUGCGCGGCACGCGCUCUAACCCUUGCACAUGCGCAGUACAGAUCAGGAAGUACAGAGUUGGUUCUUGCCAAUUUAGCGCUUUGACGAACAGAAUGUUUGCUCCCCUUUUGAUAUUUGUAAGUUUCUCGCUAGAUGCCUGUUUUUCACAGACUUAUAUCUUGAAUGACACAGAAGGAGUCGGACUCGUCUUUGAUGGGAUUGGAGGAUUAAGUGGUGGAGGGGCGACAACACGUUUGCUCGUCAAUUACGCUGAGCCAUACCGCAGCCAGAUACUUGACUAUCUCUUCAAGCCAAACUUUGGGGCCUCUUUGCACAUACUGAAAGUCGAAAUAGGAGGAGAUGCUCAAACGACCGACGGGACAGAGCCAUCGCACAUGCACUCUGAGGAUGAUGAGAACUACUUCCGAGGAUAUGAGUGGUGGCUCAUGAAAGAGGCAAAGAAGAGGAACCCAAACGUCACGCUUAUAGGUUUGCCCUGGGCAUUUCCCGGUUGGGUGGGCCGUGGUAAAAACUGGCCCUACGACUUCCCAGACAUCACUGCAGCAUAUGUAGUGAACUGGAUUCUUGGUGCAAAGCACAUCCAUGAUCUCAGCAUCGAUUAUGUUGGGAUUUGGAAUGAACGCAACUUUGACAGCAAGUAUAUAAAGCUGCUGCGAUACACUCUGGAUAAAAGUGGCCUGGAGAGUGUCAGGAUCAUAGCCAGUGACAACUUGUGGGAGCCCAUUUCCUUGUCUCUUCUGCUCGACCCUGAGCUCAGCAGAGUUGUAGAUGUGAUUGGGGCCCACUACCCAGGCACGACCACUGUGAUUGAAGCCCUGAAGACUGGGAAGAAGCUGUGGGCCUCAGAGGACUACAGCACAUUCAAUGAUGAUGUGGGAGGAGGUUGCUGGGCACGCAUCCUAAACCAGAACUACAUCAAUGGAUUCAUGACUGCUACCAUCUCCUGGAAUCUGAUUGCCAGCUACUACGAGGAACUGCCGUUUGGCAGAGAUGGGCUUAUGACAGCUGUAGAACCCUGGAGUGGCAACUACGUUGUGGAGUCUCCUAUCUGGAUUACAGCCCACACCGCACAAUUCACCCAGCCAGGAUGGACCUACCUGAAGACUGUUGGACAUUUGGCAAAAGGUGGAAGUUAUGUAGCCUUGACUGAUGGAAAAGGAAAUCUUACAAUUGUCAUUGAAACCAUGACGCAUGAUCAUUCCUUAUGCAUAAGACCUCCACUUGCUCCAUACAAUGUCACCUCACAAAAUGCAACCUUCCGUCUGAAAGGAUCUUUUUCUUUCAUCAAGGAGUUGCAAGUAUGGCAGUCUCAGUUUAACUUCAAGACGAAAAAGCCAUCCUUUUUUAAGCAUCUAAAUCCACUGAAGCUUUCAGAUGGAGAAUUCACCCUAAACCUGGCUGAAGAUGAAGUUUACACCCUAACCACAGUUACAACAGGACACAAAGGGAGCUACCCGGACCCACCUGCCUCAUCCCCGUUCCCAAAACGCUAUGAAGAUGACUUUAAUGUCCGAGAGACUCCCUUCUCAGAAGCUCCAAACUUUGCUGACCAGACAGGGGUGUUUGAAUACUAUAUCAACCUGACUGAUCCUGGACCUCACGUUUUCACUCUACGCCAGGUUCUGACUGAGCGUCCUAUCACUUGGGCAGCAGAUGCAGAUCAGACUAUAAGCGUUAUAGGAGACUAUGAGUGGCAGGAUCUGACUGUGACGUGUGACAUUUUUAUGGAGACUGUCAAGACUGGGAGUGUUUUCAUUGCCGCCAGAGUGGAUAAAGGAGGGCAAUCGAUCCGUAGCACCAAGGGAAUAUUUUUCUGGGUCUUUGCAGAUGGCACAUACAAAGUUACCAGUGAUCUUGCCGGGCUAAUCAUACUGGCCGAAGGACAGUCCGGCACACAAGCUUAUGAUUGGCACACACUAUCACUCAAUGUGCAGGGCCAGUUUGCAUCAGGUAAGCUGAAUGGCAGUCCACUGUGGAGGACCGCUGUGGCGCUGUCACCUAAGAAUGGUUGGGCUGCCAUAGGAACACACUCAUUUGAGCUGGCUCAGUUUGAUAACUUUGCAGUAGAGGCACUGACACAAGAGUCCCUUCAAAGCAGCCCUUACAUUAUAUUGUGACUGAAUAAAUCUACGAUGGUGAAUCGAAAAUCCACAACCGUUUGGCGAGUCUUGAUUAAUACAAAAGAAUACACAAAGGAGGGUG